AAGCGUGACACCCUCUCUGAUAAAUCACUUCCUUUUCCUUCAAUUUUUGAGAACCGAGCUCUGUUUUAUUUCCCCUUUCCUCUGUUCACUCCUCCACAUUUUUACAGACAAGACCAUUUGUUUUUCUCUCUUUUGUGGUCUUGUAGAAUGAGAAGAUGAAAAUGAUGGUUCUUGAUGGCUACAAUGAGUCUGGUUCUUUUUGCUUGGAUUCUCUGUAUUGUGAAGAAGAAGAGGUGGGGAUUGAGAGCUUAGUAGAAGAAGAUGGGCUUGUUGGUGCUGAGGAUCUUGAGCGAGAUUUGUGUUGGGAUGUUGAAGAGCUUGAGUCUUUGCUUUGUAAGGAGAAGGAGACUCAUCUGUUCUGUAAUGAGAAUGGGAAAGAAAUAGAACGUGCUUGUGUGGCGAGGGGAGAGGUGGUUGACUGGAUGAUGAAAGUCAAGGCUCAUUAUGGAUUUUCAGCUGUUACUGCUGUUUUGUCUAUUAAUUUCUUUGAUAGAUUUAUGCUUUCCAGUGUUUGUUUUCAACAAGAUAAGCCGUGGAUGAUCCACCUAGCUGCUGUGACAUGUCUUUCUCUGGCUGCCAAAGUUGAUGAAGUUCAGGUUCCUCUCCUCCUGGACCUCCAAGUGGAAGAUUCAAAGUAUGUUUUUGAGGCAAAAACAAUACAGAGAAUGGAGCUACUGGUGAUGUCUACACUUGAAUGGAGGAUGAAUCCAGUGACCCCACUCUCUUUUCUUGAUCACAUUACAAGAAGACUUGGUUUCAAAACUCAUCUCCGGUGGGAGUUCUUCAGGAAAUGUCAAGAUCUCAUCCUCUCUGUUGUUGCUGAUUGGAGAUCUGCACGUUAUUUACCAUCUGCAUUGGCCACAUCAACAAUGCUCCACAUUAUACAUGAACUAGAGCCUUUGAAUGCCAUUGAAUACCAAGAUGAGGUUCUGAGUCUGCUCAAAACUACCAAGGAACAAAUAAAUGAAUGUUACGGAGUGAUAGUGAACAUAUCAAACACUUGUUGGACCAAAAAUUAUCACAAACGCAAGUACAAUGCAGCAAGUCCAAGUAGCCCAAGUGGGGUUAUUGAUGCAUCAUUCAGCUACUCUGAUAGUUCAACUGAUUCUUGGGAUUCUGGAUCAUCAUCAGUCUCUUCUUCACCUCAUCAUCAGCCAUUCUUCAAGAAACUCAGGACUGGAGAAGAUAAUAAAAUGCAAAUGCCCAUUUCUUAAGAGGGUGCUUAUCUACUUAAUGACUUUUAAUCUCUAAUGAAUCCACCAGCUUUUGUCAUCUGUGUGUUGUUUUAUUAAACAAUAUAUGGAUGAAAAGAUGAAAAAGCAGAGACAGAGAGGAAAAGAAAGGGUGGUAGGAAACAAUGAAGAAUAUGUAUAAUGUUUCACCAAGAUAUGUAAACAGACUCACUCUUUGUCUCUCUUUGCUUCUCUAGUCUCUGUCAAGCAAUCUGCUUUUAUGAUUUAUCUUUAAUUAUUCUAUCAAAAUAAAUAUUCUGUAAACUUCUUUAUGGUUCAA